GUCUAUGAUUGCUCUGAAUAUGGAAAUGGAUCUUGCCCAGAGAAUGACAGACCGCUGGGUGUUCGAAUAGCUAUGUAUGCGUUUAUGGCAGGAGCCAUAUUCAUCACGGUGUUUGGCAAUCUCGCUAUGAUCAUUUCCAUUUCCUACUUCAAGCAGCUUCACACGCCAACCAACCUCCUCAUCCUCUCCAUGGCUGUCACUGACUUUCUCCUGGGGUUCACCAUCAUGCCGUAUAGUAUGAUACGAUCUGUGGAGAAUUGCUGGUAUUUUGGGAUUACGUUUUGCAAGAUUCAUUACAGUUUUGACCUCAUGCUUAGCAUCACUUCCAUUUUCCAUCUUUGUUCUGUGGCCGUUGAUAGGUUUUAUGCAAUCUGCUAUCCUUUACGUUACUCCACCAAAAUGACCUUGCCAGUCAUUCGACGCUUGCUCCUUCUCUGCUGGUCGAUACCCGGAGCAUUCGCAUUCGGGGUGGUCUUCUCAGAGUCCUACGCUGACGGGAUAGAAGGCUAUGACAUCCUCGUCGCUUGUUCCAGUUCCUGCCCGGUGAUGUUCAACAAGCUGUGGGGAACCACAUUGUUUAUGGCGGGUUUCUUCACUCCUGGGUCCGUGAUGGUGGGGAUUUAUGGCAAAAUUUUUGCAGUAUCCAGAAAACACGCUCGUGCAAUCAGUAACUUGCCAGAAAAUCAAAACAGCCAGAUGAGGAAAGACAAAAAAGCGGCUAAAACUUUAGGAAUUGUGAUGGGUGUUUUCUUACUCUGCUGGUUUCCCUGUUUCUUUACAAUUUUACUAGAUCCCUUUUUGAACUUUUCCACUCCUGUGAUUUUAUUUGAUGCUCUGACAUGGUUUGGCUAUUUUAACUCCACCUGUAAUCCCUUAAUAUAUGGUUUCUUCUAUCCCUGGUUUCGCAAAGCACUUAAGUACAUUUUGCUAGGUAAAAUUUUCAGCUCACAUUUCCACAAUACGAAUCUGUUCACUCAAAAAGAAACUGAAUAG